UUGAAAUUGUUGGCGCCAAAUGUAGCGGCGGCGGCAGUUUGGCAGCGGCGGCGGAGACACAAUCAGCAUCAUCACCAUGGACAUCCGAAGAUUUUUUGCUCCUACGGAAAAGAAGCCCGGGAGCGAGGCUUUAGAAAAGAACCAAAUGAAACAUGUUGACAAAGGGUUGUCAAACAUGAAGAAAGCUGAUGUCAAGAGAAAGGACUCGUGCAAAUCAAAAGCAGUCAAACAAAAGCCAGUACACAGGAACAAACGCAUUAUAUAUGAUUCAGAUUCAGAACCAGAAACAUCACCCCCAGAAAAGAAAAACAAAAAGGAGUCGUCUUCCUCCAAACCUACAGAAUUCUCCACAGCAGAGCCUGUUGUGAUUUCUGAAACUGAUGAAGAGGAUGACAUUUUGCAAAGUAAGAAGGUGGCUCAGAAAUCCAGGGAAAAUGGUGGUCUCCCUGGAACGUCGGGAUCUGGAAGAACCGCAGAUACAACAUCACAACUCAAACCAACGAAGCCCAAAUCAAGUCCAGUAAAAUUUACAGCCACGUCAGUUCAAGAUUUCUUUGGCUCAGGCAGUGUGCACAGAUCAAGUAAAAAACUGGUGACCAGCAAAAGGAAAGCACCGUCACCCAGUUUUGAUUCCACUGCUGAUGACGAGGAGCUUGCUCGCCAGCUGCAACUUGAUGAAGACGCAGAGCUGGAGCGGCAGUUGCAUGAAGAUGAGGAAUUUGCUAGAACAUUGGCAAUGUUGGAUGACUUGCCAAAAAGCAAAAAGGCACGGACAGAUCGUGAAAGCCAGGAGUUCUCUUUAUCCUUGGUUGUAAAGGCUGAACCUAGAAAAACGGCUGAUGAGCAGACAGCAGAACAUUCGGCUAAGAUGUUGAAUGAAGCUGAUAACGUGAAGAACUGCAGUGAAAAGUUCAGUAAAUCUCAGAGCACGAGGAUUUCUUCCAAACGUUCAACGGAAUCUUCAAGUACUAAUAUGGAAAAGUCACUUAAUAAAGCAUCCCCAGGAAAAUUAAGUGCAAAAGUAGCCCACAUGAAGCGUAAAGAAGAGACGGUUAAGGUAAUAAGGGACAGUCCAACGAAGCCACACCGAGCAAAGAGAAUUUCUCCCAGGAAAGAGGAGAAAACCCUUUCUUCAAAGAAAGCGGAAACAAAGAUUUCUCCCAAAAAGGAGCAAACUAGUUCUUCAAAGAAAAGUGAGCAGAAAGUUUUUCGAAAGGAGGAGGAACAAACUGUUUCACCAAACACUAAGGAGAAAGUAUCCCCAAGUAAACCUGAGUCCAAGAGCCCAGAGGAUACUGAAAAGAAGCGUCAGAAUUACUUAGCCUAUCGCAGCUUUUUAAAUCGUGAUGGCCCACGAGCUUUGGGGUCAAAGGAAAUCCCCCAGGGAGCUGAAAAUUGCCUGGAAGGUCUUUCGUUCGUCAUUACGGGAGUCUUGGAAUCCAUGGAACGCGAUGAUGCAAAAUCUUUAAUUGAGCGCUAUGGAGGGAAACUGACAGGAAAUAUUAGCAAGAAAACAAAUUACCUGGUGACUGGUCGCGAUGGUGGGCGAUCAAAACUCGACAAAGCUGAAAGUUUUGGAACAAAACAAAUCGAUGAAGAUGGGCUGUUGAAUCUGAUUCGUAGAAUGCCAGGAAAGAGGUCCAAGUAUGACAUUGCAGCUGAAGAAGAGGUUAGAAAGACAAAAUCCAAAGUGCUAGAAUCUGCGAAGAUAUCGGACAAAAAUGAGCAUACUAAAAACAUCUCGCCACCAUCAAUAAAACAAAAAGAGCAUAAAAAGAGCAGCCCUGCAGCAGAGAACGGCGAAACUUCAGGAUGUUUGAGGAGCAUUUCAUUUGGAGCUAAAACCUCCGCCAAUAAUUCCACAUCAAAGUGUGAUCGCCAGCCCCAGAAGUUGGUGAAGGAGUAUAGUUUGUUGUGGGUGGAUAAAUACAGACCCGCAGCGCUGAAGAAUAUAAUAGGGCAACAAGGGGAACAGAGUUGUGCAAAUAAAUUGGUCCGCUGGCUGAAAAAGUGGCAUUCAAACUACAUUGGAGGCAGCAAACCUGCAGUGAAAUUCAGCAAAUUUGGUGGGAAGGACAAUGGUUCAAGUUUCAAAGCUGCUCUGCUGUCUGGUCCUCCUGGUAUAGGUAAAACAACCACAGCUGCGCUUGUAUGUAAGGAACUGGGAUACAACUAUGUUGAACUCAAUGCCAGUGACACUCGCAGCAAGAACACAUUGAAAGAAGUGAUAGCAGAAUCAGUGAACAACACCAGCAUCAAAGGCUACUGCUCUGGAACUUCAUUGCUAAGUACCAAACACGCAUUAAUCAUGGAUGAGGUGGAUGGGAUGGCUGGUAAUGAGGAUCGGGGAGGAAUUCAGGAGCUGAUUUCUCUCAUUAAGCAGACAAAGAUUCCUAUCAUCUGUAUGUGUAAUGAUCGCAACCAUCCCAAGAUCCGCUCGUUAGCAAAUUACUGUUUUGAUCUCCGUUUCCAGCGGCCUCGACUAGAGCAAAUCAAGGGUGCAAUGAUGACUGUUGCUUUUAAAGAAGGCUUGAAGAUCCCCCCUCCAGCUAUGAAUGAAAUUAUACUUGCGGCCAGUCAAGAUAUCAGACAGGUCCUGCAUAAUCUCAGUAUGUGGUGUGCAAAAAAUGAGACAUUGACAUACGAUCAGGCGAAAGAAAAUGGCAGGAAGACCAAGAAGGACAUUAAACUGGGCCCCUUUGAUGUUGUGAGGAAAGUGUUUUCUGCUGGAGAGGAAAGUGCUUCCAUGAGUUUAAUAGACAAGUCUGACCUGUUCUUCCAUGAUUAUUCACUUUCACCGCUUUUUGUACAAGAAAACUAUCUGCAUGUGAAGCCGGCAGCCUCUGGAUCAAACCUCAAAAAGCAUUUAAUGCUGCUGAGUAAAACGGCAGAUAGUAUCUGUGAUGGAGACCAUGUGGAUAAACGAAUCCGUUCUCAGCAGGCCUGGAAUCUUCUCCCUACUCAGGCUAUUUAUGCCAGUGUGAUCCCUGGUGAAUUGAUGAAAGGUUACAUGGCACAAUUUCCCACUUUCCCAAGUUGGUUGGGAAAGUUUUCAUCCACUGGCAAGCAUGACCGUGCUGUUCAAGAACUUACCAGGCACAUGUGCUUAAGGACACAUGCCAGUAAACGGGCAGUGAACUUGGAUUAUCUUCCUUACCUGCGGGAUACACUAGUGCGGCCUCUUGCACUUCAGGGAACAAAUGGUGUUCAAGAGGCCCUUGAAACGAUGGAUGCAUAUUAUCUGAUGAAGGAGGACGUGGAUUGUAUCAUGGAGAUUAGCAGCUGGGGUGGACGACCCGAUCCAUUCUCCAAACUAGAUCCAAAGGUGAAAGCUGCAUUUACACGCACCUAUAACAAAGAGACACACAUGACUCCCUACGCCCUACAAGCUAUAAAGAAAUUGAAACAUGGAAAUGGUGCUGGAUCAUCUGUCAACUCUGAGCUUAAUGGUGACUUGCAAACUGAGGACGUGCAGGCGGAUGAAGCCGAGGAUAACUUGGAAAUGGAUGGAAUGAUUAAGCCAAAGAAAUCUAAAGCAUCGAAGAGCAAAACAGAAGAAAAAUUGCCACAGCAUAAAGGAAGAAAAGAUAAGGGAAAGAAAAAGGCCACAAAGUGAUUUAUUUCUUUUGCCUGGAGAGAUUGGGUUUGUUUUCACGAGCUGCAGGUCUGCUGUCAGAAAAUGGGACUGGAGGGGCCAGGGAUAAUACCUGGGGCUUGAAAUGAUUUAUUUCAGAGGGCAGUUUUCUUUUGAAUUCUUUAAGCAAAAUUAUUUACAAUCUUUACUCUUGAGUAAAGAUGUCUGUAUUUUUCUGUACAUAAGCAAAAACAAAACUAUCCUUUUUAGGUAUUUUUGAAACUGUAAAUUAACAAAAUGUGGCGCAGGUUUUUUUGAAUAAAGUAAUUUUUGCAGUGUCGCCUGCAUCAGGAAGAUGAG